UGACCCUUCCUUUCCUGCAGGUCCCUCUUGUUGGCUACAAGAAGACACCCAGUACAACAAUGCCAUCCCCACUGGGCCCCCCACGCCUGCCCUCUGUGGACCCCAUGGCUAUCCUGGAGGAGCCUGAGGCAGCACGCCUGCGCUUCAGGGGAUUCUGCUACCAGGAGGUGGCGGGUCCCCGAGAGGCCCUGGCCCGGCUCCGGGAGCUGUGCCGCCAGUGGCUGCGGCCCGAGGCGCACUCCAAGGAGCAGAUGCUGGAGCUGCUGGUGCUGGAGCAGUUCCUGGGCACGCUGCCUCCGGAGAUCCAGGCCUGGGUGCGGGGCCAGCGGCCAGGCAGCCCUGAGGAGGCUGUAGCCCUGGUCGAGGGCCUGCAGCAUGACCCUGGGCAGCUGCUGGGCUGGAUCACAGCCCAUAUCCUGAAGCAAGUGGUGCUCCCGGCAGCACAGAAGACAGAGGAGUCCUUGGGGAGCUCCCACGCUUCAGGGACAGUGGAGCUCCUCAGGGCGACCUCUGGGGAGGCCUCACAGGACACCCACAUGGAGAAGUCUGCCCAGCUUAGCUGCAGUGUGAAGGAGGAGCCAGAUGCUGAUGGGCAGGAGAUGGCACCUUCCAACCCCCCAAAUCCAGCCCAGUCCCACGAGGGGCACCCUGGACACCGGGAACCAGCCUCCACGUCCUUCCACCCACCCAGGAUUCAGUCUAAUGGCACAGUGGGAAACAGCUGUGUGGGCAGGCCACACCCUCCAAGGCCUCCUGAUCUCCAGCCAACAGCAUUCCAGCUGUGGCUUCAUGUGGCUGUCUCCUCCCUGUGCCUGGACCUCCAGUGGAGGAAUGGGGGCUACUGGACCCGUCACAGAAGGAACUGUACUGGGACGCAAUGCUGGAGAAGUAUGGCACGGUGGUCUCCCUGGCAGGGAUACCAGCCCCCCCGCCGGAGGCAUGGGCUGAUUCGGGGCCAGGGGCCAUGCGUACAGGGACAGAGGGUCGAAGAAGCCUCCACCCAGGAGAUGAGAGUGAGAGCCACUGCGAGGGUCCGCCCCACUGCCCAGAGGCCCAGCCACCCCGGGGCCCGGGGUCUGUCACCUGGGAGGGCCCGUCUGGGGCCUCUGUGUCUGCCAGGGCAAUGCUGGGAGCAGAGCUGGAGCCUGGUGCCCCGCGGAGGAAGCCUUACACCUGUGAGCUGUGUGGCCGAGGCUUUGACUGGAAAUCAGUCUUUGUCAUCCACCACCGGAUGCACGCAGAUGGGCAGGGUACACGGGCCCCGGUACUGGCCAUCGGGGGUGCUCAGAAGCUGCCACAGGGUUCCCGGGAGCCAGGCACACCCCGGCACCCCCGGCGCGUGCUCCCAGGGCCCCGGAGCUAUGCAUGUGAGGAGUGUGGGCGCAGCUUCAGCUGGAAGUCGCAGCUGGUCAUCCACCGCAAGAGCCAUGCGGGUCAGCGGCGCCACUUCUGUGGAGACUGCGGCCGUGGCUUCGACUGGAAGUCCCAGCUGGUCAUCCACAGGAAGAGCCACCGGCCCGAAGCCCCAUGAGUGGCUCGAGAAGGCGGCCUCAUCUUGGGGGCCUUGGAGCCUCCAGGGCCUAGACACAGUUCCCGGGGCUCUGGUUCCAGCCUUCCCGGGUCUGCUCAGCCUCUGUCUGUGAAUCAGAGUUCCCAGGAGGGUCCCCUGCCCCAUUUCAGUCUCCCCAAAACAGCCACCUGGGUGUAAGUAAAAGAAGCUGCCUGGUGGGGCCUGGCUUGGAACCCAUUGCCUAAGCCUGGUGACUUCCAAGCUCUGAGAUCCCCAGCUGUGACCUGAUGCAGGCUGACAGGCUAAGGACUCUCCCUACUCCUGGGACCUUAGUGGCCCCAGGUGGAUGCUCAGAAACUGCCCCUUUCCACCCUUCCUGAAGCUUCUGGGUCUGAUGUCUUGGUGUGGAAGGUGCUGAAAGCUCAGGAGAGCAUGCUUUGCUUCUGUUUGCAGGCAGAUGGAAAACUAAUGACCCUUCACAUUUGAGAUUUUUUUAAAAUUCCACUUUUAUAAUGGGAAGUUUCUGCAUAAGAAUUCUGAUCUUUGCUUUCUGCUGGUCAGAAUAUCAGCAGUGCCACUCCUGCCUGGCGGCUGGACCCACAAGAAGGGCCAGCAGUCCUGGCCACCUGGCCUCCUUUGUUCCUCGGCCACCAUGUCUUUCCUUGGUCUCUUUGGCCUUUGAGCUCUUGAGUCCCAGCUU